ACGACAAAUUAAAUAUUUCUAUAAACACCUGUAAUGUCACCAGUAGGGUAUUUUUUUCCCGCCACACACAGGCUAACACGAAAACUACAGUAACAUUGACGUUAGCCAACUAACACAACAACCAGGCCUCAGGCUAAAGUGUACAAUUUAUACAAGGUUUGCUGUGGGGUUCUUUUCGUGUUUUUUAAGCUGCAGGUUUGGUGUGAGGUGUAGUUGACAGGACAAAAAUGGAUAAAAUCACACUAGAUGUCAGUCCACCAACUGAGAGAGAGAACUCUUCACCAAUCUCUCCUAAACGACCAAGGACAGAUUGUGCAGUGCCAAUCAACCACAGGGGGGAAAGCAAGUUUCCUAACCUUGUGACAUUUUGGAAAACCAUUGGUACCCCAUCAUCAACAAAUGCCUUGCAGAAGAAUGCUGACCUUGUGUGUACGGAAGAAUGUGGGGAAGAUGAAAAACCUCCUGAGCAACAAGACAGUGAAUUAAUUGUCACCCCUAUCACUAAGUUGAAUACUUCACACUCUGACAAUGCACGCACAGAAUCAUCUGAAUUCUGUUUUCUCGCUUGUGAGACACACUUCCUACUUCUAGAGAAAGACGAGCAGCCUCACGUUAGUGAAAGUGACAAGCUCAACUCAAACUCGGGAGAUGAUACAGAUGGGGCAUCAGCAGAGUCCCGCAAUUCAAAAGACGCCGGCGCCGACACGUCCAGCCACCCUGAUUGCAGACGACUUGGGGAAUCACUUGAAGACGAGCCCCCUGGCGGCUGCAAUCUUCCCGCUGGAGAUGUGGGAGAUGGGAGACAGGUGCAAAAUAGUGUCAGUCAAAUCCAAGCAUUCACCCAUAAUUCAAGUGAUGAGGAGGUCAGAUGUCGGUUUGAUUGCACUCAUGAAGAUAUGCGACACGACACAGGUUUCUGUAAUACCUGGAGCCUAACUGCUGAAGUUGAAGAGAGUAAUCAGAAGAGCGACGGACAAGGAUUUAGUGAGAUCAUACUUUUCAGCAGGGAAAAGGAAGAAGGUAACAGUCCCUUAUCCUCCGCCGAUUAUGCAGACACAAAAUCUUUCUACUCAAACCCCAAAGAGGACCCCUGUGAGAACUUGGCAGGCGGUGUAAAAAAUGAGGAAGAAAUAUUAGAAUUGCAGAUUUGUGAGAAUGAAAAUGUAGCCGUCUGCGAUGGGGAAACAAAAGGCCAAGUUAAUGAGAAUGGCCUGAGCAAAAACUCCACCCCCCCUACUGCUGAAUGUGCUGAGGGAUCAAUUGUGUCUUAUGAUGUGGUAUUAGCCCGAAAUAUUGCAACUGAGAAUGCGAGUCUUGAAACUGAUGAUGACUUCUGUGGGGCCAAAGGAGAACAUGCUGCUGGCAAGAUGAUAGCCGAAGCUUGGAGUAAAACGGCUGAUCACACAACAGAGACUCCAAUGCCUGCAAGAAUCAGUCAAGAGCCUGCUGAAGGAGAUAAUGAUGCAGGCCCUUUCAGUGUAAUUGACCCUGCAAUCGGGAGUGAAACUGACAGGGAGGCUGAAGAGAAACGCUGUAACUCAGAGAGCACUGCAGGUGCAGAAUUAUCUCCAUCAGUAAAAGUCUGCGAGAUGGAAAUGCCUCUUCCACUCUGCUCUGACGUCAGGCCAUCACAGGAGGUUUCAGUUCCCGACCAGACCUGGCAGUUUAAUCAGCAAAGCAGAACACAGCGGUGCGAAGAUGAAAAAGAGGACUUGUGUCAGUCAUACACAGAACCACAGGCUUGUUCCAUCACCACCAAUGACACACACGACAAGACUGGCAAUGAGACGAGCUGUCUUUGGAAAUCUGGUCCCAGCAGCAGUCCAAAGCUUCCUACUGCUGAGGAUAGAAGACAAGAAAGCCAUGAAACCAUAGGGCAUCAACAGUUGGGCUGUUUUUCUGUCAGUCUUGACCAAAUGAAGACACAGGAGGUUGAAUAUGUACUGACUGAAGUUUCCAGAAUGGACACGGCAACUGAGAUAAAAGAAAAAGAAGAAAUAUCAAGUUUAGAAGAUGAACAAAAAUCAGAAAACUCAACAAACGUAGAGGAAAGACUUCUGCAAGAAAAUGAAAAACACAAAGAAGAUACAACUGAAACAUCUACGGGUGAAUACAAUGACCAGACAGCGGGCAAAAUAAGUAAAUAUGCCACCAAAAUAACACAUAUUGAUGAGGGAAAUAAUCUUGAAUGCUUGUCUGAUCACCCACAUGUUGAUGUAACUGUAAUAAUGGAAGGGACAACAGAGGAAAAGGAAAGAAAAGAAGAGGCAGGUGUUGUAGGAAAAAGUGAUGUGCAGGGUAACUCGGAGGUAUUAGUGACGUCAGCAGAUGAUCAGCGGAAAGGAGACAUGACUGAGGCGUCACCUGACGAAUGUGUCAGUGAAUGGACAGAAGGCAACAUGAGUAAAAGUGGCAACAAAUUAACCCUAGUUACUCAUCAUGAUCUUGGAAACGAUCUCAGUUCCUUCUCUGAUUACCAAAACAAAGCUGAGAAAGAUGAGAGGUCAUCUUUCUCUUUUCCUGCAACCAGCGAUGCAGUCGUGCCAAGUCCUCAUGAAGUAAUUCAUUCACAAAAUGUUGACAGCAACCCCACAGCCCUGAACUGUAGUGACAGAUUUUCCACAGUUCCCUCUGCCUUCACUCUCUGCGACCGUGUGCCGGGGGGGUUUGACACUUUCGAAAAGAUCCAGCUUUCGCCAGAUGAUGAUGAUGACGACGAUGCCGGCCUGAGCAACAGUCCUCUCCUCACCAGCCUGCCUGGGCAGCUGUUGCACACACCCCAGCGAGAGCUUUACCACUCCAUGCCAGAGGCGGAGAGCAGUGAGCACGAGGAGGUACCAGAGGGGGAGGAGGGUGAGGGUGAGGAGGAAGUGGAAAAAUUUGAGUGUCACACUGAGAACGUGGCAAAUGGAUUUUUAAACAGCGAUUACAGUUGUAAUGAACUCGCAAACUUUAUCUCAGCAGCAGAUGUUACUGCUCUCAGCUGGCCGGAGCAAUGUCCUCACAGUGAAUCAGCCUGUGAGUCCUCUGAGUGUUUCCAGCAUGACCCACAGUUAACGUCCUCCACUGUUUUCUCUCAGAGCGACAGGCCAGCCUCCGUCAUGAACGACAGCCCAAAGUUUGAGAUGAAAAAACAUUUCGACAUGGUUCUGAAAGAGCUGAAAUUAUUUUUCGAUAUCAGUAUGAGUGAAUUUGCAAGCGACAGUAGAACAUCGUCACCUGAGCAGUGUAGUGAUGUGACUGAAGCAAUGGAGGACCAUGCUUCCAACUGCAAAGUACAGCUCAGCAGCCCACAACCAGAACACCAUAGAGACGCAUCAUCAGAUGAUGCUGAUGAAGACUUGGACAUGUGCGGAGGUGAUCCCGUGGUUUCUUGUACCUCUGGCAGCGUUAACGGCGAGCAGGAGGUGCCCCUUGGCAGCCAUGUGUGCCAGGAAUCAUCCAUGCACACUGCAGAGAAACACAGAGAGCCCCAGGAGACGGAGCAGAAAAGGAAAAUGUGGUCCCCGUCCUUUACGUGUCAGCCGUUCUUGGAACAACUGAGCCACAGACCACCAGAGCAGCCCAGGAGACUGGAGCCUCUGAGAACGUGCACACGGCCAAUCCGAGUCGGACUUUCAAAGAGAGCCAAGACCAAACACCUCCACCGUCACCACCCUUACAAAUGAACAUGAGAAAUGCAGCGCAGGUGAUGUGCAUGAACGUUUUGUUGCCAUGUUAUGUUCCGAUUUAGAGUUUACUGUUUGUGGUUCUUUUGACUGUCCCUUUACCCAGCAUAGUUUGCUUGCAUCACUUGCCUCCACUCGUGAGAGGUUUCCAUUUAAUCACUGCUGCAGCAGCAGCUGGGUAGUAAGUGCCUUGCCCAAGGACACCCUGGCAGCAUUUGUUGAUAAUCUGCUUCCUGUCCACAUUUGCCCUGAUAGAAAUGUAUCCUGCUUUCCACAAUAUUUAUGUAUUUAUUUAUUUAUUUGCUUCUUUCCAACCCUAAGUAAGUCAAGUCUUAUUUAUAUACUACUUAGAGAUUACUACAUAUUUAUAUAUCUACAUAUUUACAUUAUAUGAGAUGGCCUUCGUGUGUUCACUGUAGGUGUAUUGAUACAGCUUGCUACUUGUUCCUGUUACAUGUGGGCGUCUUCAGUCAGAGUAAAUGAGAUGAGUAUCUUCUCUCACUGUUCUGUUUUUACCAUGAAACGGCUUCACGUGUACUGUAUGCAACAUGUUCUUGAGCAGUUCUGUGGGAGGUUAGCUGGAGUUAUUUUUCAAAAUGGCAUGUUCUAGCUUGAGGCAAAAUAUAUAUUCAUGUUCGUUAUUGUGACAAACAAGAAGCUUUUACUCACGUUCUGAUGUUGUUUCAUCACCCGGUAGAAGCUUUGCUAUGCUGAAUGUUUUUGUCGAUUUUGUUUGUGAGCUGUGGGCCGACUUCCUCAGUAAAACGUCAUGAUUAAAUUAAAUUACUCUUUUUCAACAAUCAGUUAAAUGUGCUCUUUGUUAUCAUAACAGAUCCACAC